UCAUCUUCUUAACCUACAAAUUAAAAAAAAAUUCGACCAAAAAAAAAACAAAAUAAUAAUAAUAAUAAUAAUCAUAAACCAUGAGAGAUUGGAAGCAACAGCCGACACUUGGCGCCUCCAGAAAGCCCUAAUAUAGCGAAGAAGAAGUGAUUGGAGUUUCAAUCUUUGUUCGUAGGCUAAAUGAUCUUGAAUUUCGAGUGAUAUUUUGGUGGUUCGAUCCGAUUUCGGGUUUGAUUUGAUCCCAUUUCGUACAACUGUGAAGAGAUGAAUUUCAAGGAUUUUGGGAGUGACCCAUCUGCCGGAAACGGCGGAGGAGGUGGGCGGCCUUCUGCUAACCAUCCAUUAGCGCGGCAAUCAUCUAUCUACUCGCUCACAUUCGAUGAGUUUCAGAGUAUGGGGAGUAUAGGGAAGGAUUUUGGGUCAAUGAACAUGGAUGAGCUGUUGAAGAACAUUUGGAGCGCUGAAGAAAUGCAAACGAUGGCAUCUUCUGCUGCUGUUGUUGCUGUUGCUGCUGCUGCUGCUAAAGAAGGGGCUGGUGGUGUUAAUGGUAGUGGUGGGUAUUUGCAGAGACAAGGCUCUUUGACACUGCCACGGACACUCAGCCAGAAGAAGGUGGAUGAGGUAUGGAAGGACAUAAUGGAUGAACAUGGUGGUUCUAAAGAUGGGAGUAUUGUUGCUUCUGGUUUGCAACAGAGGCAGCAAACUCUUGGGGAGAUGACACUUGAGGAAUUUUUGUUGAGAGCUGGAGUUGUGAGAGAGGAUACUCAAUUGAAUGGAAACCCCAACAAUGGAGGAUUCUUUGGCAAUAACAAUCAUAUUCCAAUUCAAUCUUCGAACUUAUUGUUGAAUGUUAAUGGAGUUAGAGCACAUCAGCCACAACCAAUAUUUCCAAAGCAGCCUACUGAGACCACAUAUGGGUCUCAGCUGCCUUUGUCUAGUGAUGGGAUUAUGGGGCUUGCGGAUCAAAGGUUGAGCUCAAAUUUGAUGCAAGGCUCUGCACUGCAGGGUGGAAGGAUGGGAGUGGUUAGCUUAGCAGCUGGGGCCAUGCCUGUUGCAACAGGAUCUCCAGCAAACCAGCUAUCAUCUGAUGGGAUUGGAAAGAGCAAUGGUGAUACCUCGUCCUUGUCUCCGGUGCCUUAUGCGCUUAAUGGAGUGCGGGGGAGGAGAUGUAAUGGGACUCUGGACAGGGUUGUCGAGAGGAGGCAGCGCAGAAUGAUAAAGAACAGGGAGUCGGCUGCUCGAUCGCGGGCUCGAAAGCAGGCUUACACGAUGGAGCUGGAAGCGGAGGUGGCGAAGCUAAAAGAGGAAAACCAAGAACUCCGACAAAAACAGGCAGAAAUCAUGGAAAUGCACAAGAACCGGGCAUUGAAAGUAAUGGAUACACAACAAGGAACAAAGAAACGAUGCUUAAGACGAACGCAGACUGGUCCGUGGUGAUUUCGGAGGACGUUAUCCGAUCUCGGGCCAAAAGAAUAAUGCUAUAGAUGGUGGUGUACAUAUUCUGCUGAAGGUGUUGGAUUUGGUUCUAAGUGGAUCGAUCAUAAGGACUUCGAUCGAUCGCUUUCGAACGAACGCAAAGCAUGCGUUGUUCGAUUCAUACAGCUCCUCCACCCUCCUAUGGCGCUGCUGCUGCUGCGACGACGGUCGAGUAAAUGGCAAUCCCGAAAGCAGGAUUGAAGAGGUUGAAUUCAUUGGCUACCAUUGCCAUAGGAUUUGCUUUGUAAUCUUUUACUUUUGACUUGUGCUUCAGUUCUAAGCUUCAGAUUAGCUUAGCUUAGCCAAACUACAGCAUACAUGACUUGAGUUUAUAAAACCUCUGAGAUUCUCUUACUAGAAAUUUCUAUUAGGAACGACAGA